AUGAUCUAUCUAUCUAUCUAUCUAUCUAUCUAUCUAUCUAUCUAUCUAUCUAUCUAUCUAUCUAUCACUGUCUGCCUCUAUAUAUAUACAUAUAUAUACCUGUUUCUAUCUAUCUAUCUAUCUAUCUAUCUAUCUAUCUAUCUAUCUAUCUAUCACUGUCUGCCUACCUGUUUCUAUCUAUCUAUCUAUCUAUCUAUCUAUCUAUCUAUCUAUCUAUCUAUCUAUCACUGUCUGCCUCUAUAUAUAUACAUAUAUAUACCUGUUUCUAUCUAUCUAUCUAUCUAUCUAUCUAUAUCUAUCUAUCUAUCUAUGUCUGUCUGCCUCUAUAUAUAUACAUAUAUAUACCUGUUCUUUCUAUCUAUCUAUCUAUCUAUCUAUCUAUCUAUCUAUCUAUCUAUCUAUCUAUCUAUCUAUCACUGUCUGCCUCUAUAUAUAUACAUACAUAUAUAUACCUUUCUAUCUAUCUAUCUAUCUAUCUAUCACUGUCUGCCUCUAUAUAUAUACAUAUAUACCUGUUUCUAUCUAUCUAUCUAUCUAUCUAUCUAUCUAUCUAUCUAUCUAUCUAUCUAUCACUGUCUUCCUCUAUAUAUAUACAUAUAUAUACCUGUUUUCUAUUAUCAUCUAUCUAUCUAUCUAUCUAUCUAUCUAUCUAUCUAUCUAUCUAUCUAUCACUGUCUUCCUCUAUAUAUAUACAUAUAUAUACCUGUUUCUAUCUAUCUAUCUAUCUAUCUAUCUAUCUAUCUAUCUAUCUAUCUAUCUAUCUAUCUAUCUAUCUAUCACUGUCUGCCUCUAUAUAUAUACAUAUAUAUACCUGUUUCUAUCUAUCUAUCUAUCUAUCUAUCUAUCUAUCUAUCACUGUCUGCCUCUAUAUAUAUACAUAUAUAUACCUGUUUCUAUCUAUCUAUCUAUCUAUCUAUCUAUCUAUCUAUCUAUCUAUCUAUCUAUCUAUCUAUCACUGUCUGCCUCUAUAUAUAUACAUAUAUAUACCUGUUUCUAUCUAUCUAUCUAUCUAUCACUGUCUGCCUCUAUAUAUAUACAUAUAUAUACCUGUUUCUAUCUAUCUAUCUAUCUAUCUAUCUAUCUAUCUAUCUAUCUAUCUAUCUAUCUAUCUAUCUAUCUAUACAUAUAUAUCACUGUCUGUCUCUCUAUAUAUACAUAUAUAUACCUGUUUCUAUUAUCUAUCUAUCUAUCUAUCUAUCACUCGCGUAUAAGUGUAUAAACACAUCCGAACGCUCUGCGGGUGGCGUGUUUCUUCUCAAGCAAAAAUGCCACUUCUGCUGCCUACCAUGUGGCUGGUAA